CACUGCUUCCUCGGACUGGCAACCAGAACAGGAGGCAUUUACAAUCUACACAAAUCACACAGAAGAGACGAGGUGGGAGAUGGCUUCCGUGAGGAAAGCUUCUUGGAUAGCGGCAGCGAGUGUGGGAGCAGUGGAAGCACUCAAAGAUCAAGGAGGACUCUGCAGAUGGAACUACGCUUUCAGAUCUCUGCACCAGCGUGCCAAGAACAAUAUGGGGUCCUUGUCUCAGGCCAUCAGGGUGUCUUCCUCCAUCUCCGAUAGAAGCAGUGAGAAAGCCAAGCAGUCGGAGGAAUCGUUGAGGAAGGUCAUGUACCUGAGCUGUUGGGGACCCAACUAGAUGGAAUGAGAGUGAUCCGAUCCCAAGCUGAGGGAAAUAUUUUGGGGUCAACUUUUUGUCACUCCCAACUCCUGUAAUUGUAUAGUUGCAAGUAUACCGAUCAGAUGUUUGAUUA